AUGUUCCCUGAUAAAGACAGUUCAGGGGCCACUGUCCUGCACCUGGCUUCUCGCUUCAAUCAUCAUGAGAUCAUUGAUUGGCUGCUGAAAAGUGGGGAAGGGGAUCCUACUGUUGCCACGGAUACGGGGGCGUUGCCUGUUCAUUAUGCUGCAGCUAAAGGGGACUUACCAUCGCUCAGGCUGCUAUUGGAACACAGCCCACAAGUUGUCAAUUUCCAAACUAAGAAUGGUGCCACACCACUAUACCUUGCAUGUCAGGAGGGCCACCUGGAAGUCGUCCAAUACUUAGUGAAGGACUGCGGGGCGGAGCCAAGUAUCAGAGCCAAUGAUGGGAUGACACCAUUGCACGCUGCUGCCCAGAUGGGACACAACACUGUCAUUGUCUGGCUGAUGAGUUUCACAGAAAUCAGCCUGUCUGACAGAGACAAUGAUGGGGCCACUGCCAUGCACUUUGCUGCCAGCCGCGGCCAUGCCAAGGUUCUCAGCUGGCUGCUGCUGCACGGCGGGGAGAUAGUGACGGACAGCUGGGGUGGGACACCCCUUCAUGACGCAGCCGAGAACGGAGAGCUGGAGUGCUGUCAGAUUCUGGUAGUGAACGGAGUGGACAUGGGGAUACGGGACCAGGAUGGAUUCUCAGCGGCAGACCUGGCUGAAUACAACGGGCAUCAGCAGUGUGCCAAGUACAUCCGCACUGUUGAAAACAUGGUGAGAAACACCAAAAGGGCUGUCGCGCCUGAGGCCCUGGCCAAGAUGGCCGCCACCCCAGAGGCUCGGUUUGCCAUGGCUGCCAUGCCAGAAACCAUGAGCAAGAUAGAACUUAAACUAAGGCAAACUAGACUAAUGCCCAGUGUGACGGAUCCACCGUUGAGGUCGGUGCGAGCAGCAGGCAUCCUGGGUACCCCAAUCCUCAAAUACAGCCCUAAGGCCGUGCCUCAUUCUACCUCUGCUCCCAAGAGAAGGCGAAUGAAGAAGCGCCGAGGCCCAAAGAGGACUCCAGUCCCCGAGUUUAGCCCAGAGAGGGCUCCUGUUUCUGAAUUUAGUCCCGAGAAGAGCCUUGUUCCCGAAUUUAACCCAGAGAAGGCCCCUGUUCCCAAGUUUGGCCCAAUGAAAGCUUCUGAUUCCGAGAUCGGCCCAGUGAAGGUGUCUGUUCUAGACCAGAGUCCAAUGCAGGCUCCAGCCACUAACCAAGUUCCAGUGCAGGCUCCAGCCCACGAGCUCAGUCUAGUGCCCGCUUUCACCUCAGACCUGGAUCCGGCGUUCGACACAGAGUUAAGCCAGGAGCGCUCUCCAGUUCCUACAUCUGGUACCAUGCCUGCUCCAGUUCAGGAAUCCGUUCCAAGAAAUGCUGUCCCUAAACCCAUUCCAGAGAGAGGUGAAGAUUCGGCCAUUACAGACAUGCAGGCCUAUAUGGACAUGCUGAACCCUGAUGUAGCAGACAGUUCCCAGAAUGCAAAGGAACGUCCCAGAGGUGAAGAUUCAGCCAUUACAGACAUGCAGGCCUAUAUGGACAUGCUGAACCCUGAUGUAGCAGACAGUUCCCAGAAUGCAAAGGAACAUCCUGCACACCUGCCGCCCCCUCCAACAUUUCCCCCUCCCCCUCCUCCAUCAGAGUACCUGAAGGUGAAGAGGAACCUUCGCCGAGUCGACAAUGAUGUAGUCAAAAACGAGCAGCUGAAUCCUGGCGAGGGCCACGAAAGGCUUCGAAGAGUCGACUCUAAUCGAAAGUCCCGUAGCUUCAGCAAGCAGCCCAGCACUGGGGAUUACUACAAAACCCUGGGUAGCGAUACCGCAGACCAGCACCCCAACAGAGCCAUGGCACCCAACGAGGAGGGUUCUGCACUGUUGGAGGAAGCAGCAGACAAAGCGCCUGCUCCUGAGAACGGGACGGGAAACACAGAGGAUCUACCCCUUCCUCCUCCACCUCCUCCCCCACCCGCCAGCACCUUCAUCCCGACUCCACCUCCUCCUCCACCUCUUCCAUCAGAGCUGCCCCCUCCUCCUCCUCCACCCAGCACCACCGCACCGGCCCCUGCCCAGCGCCGUAUGUCUUCCUCCUCCAGCAAAAGGGAUCUGUCUCCCUCUGUCACCCCUGCUCCAGAAACACUCCGGCAGAGGAAGAGUAAGUAUUUCCCCCCAGCCUCAUUAUGUGUGUGUGGGGAACGUCCGUCAUCGCCGCCAGAGCCUCUGCCAAAACCCCAGCCCAACAACACCCAAUCUGCAAAGCCAGAGUCUCCACCGCCUGCUUGCCCACCCACUCCACCCGCUCCCACGACCAGCGGAGGGUCGCCCCAGAACCUGUCCACCUCACAGAGCAGCGAGAAGUUCGCAACUGCUGUCAACGGAAAUACUCCUGCUGUCCAGAGCAAGUCCAGCGUGGUGGACGUAGAGAGUCUGGUGCCCACACAUGACGAGCAGGGCCGAGCCAUCCCAGAGUGGAAGAGACAGGUGAUGGUGAGGAAACUACAAGUGAAGAUGCAGGAGGAGGAAGAGAACAAGAGAAAGGCUGAAGAAGAGGCGUCCCGUUUGGCUUCAUUGCCUGCCUGGAGGAGAGAUAUCAUGAAGAAGAAGAUGGAAGAAGAGAGUGAUAAGAUGGAACAUAAAAGAAAAGAGGAGGAACGGCGGCGAAUGGAAAAGGAGAACGAGGAGAAGUCGGAACUGGAGCGACUACGAACGCUGGGCUACGAUGAAACCAAGCUGGCGCCGUGGCAGCGGCAGAUUAUUUUAAAGAAAGGCGACAUAGCGAAACAGUAGUAGACUCCCCGUCACCCCCUCCGCUCUCGCACAGCUCUCUGCUGAUGUAUAACUGUAGGACACUGUUGAGAAUCUGCCAGACCCUUUAGACACAAACCAGACGAUGCUCGAUGAGCACUUCAGCAGCGCUUCGUCUGAGGCUCAGUGUAUCCUACAUGUUAUUGAGCUCUGAAGAUGCACUGUACCGUUAAAGGGUAAAAAAAAAAUGAAUGAAACUUAUGUUUUUACUGUGGUCAUUGUUUACCUGUUUUGAAAAUCAUUUGCAGCGUUCCCCACCUGACCCAUUAGCAUCUCAUUUUAAAUCUCUAGUAAUAUUUUCAAUUAUAAGUAGAACAUGUAUGUCAAGGAAGUCACAUGUACUCAGCUUGAAAGCUUUUUUUAAGUUUACUUUAUGUAAUCUGUUAAGUAUGAUAGUCCUGAAAAGGGGUUAUGGCACAAUGUAUUCUUACAUAAAGUAAGUGACGCUUUGUGUUAUGGUGCAUCUAUGUUUCUUACAUAAAAAACGCAAUUUGGAAAUGAUACAUUAUAUAGAAACAAAUGCAAAAAAAAAUAAGCAUUUUACCAGUAGUCUCUUUGCACUGUACAUAUACAUGUUUCACCAAAAGGUGGCGUCAGAGAUCACAAUUUAUAAUAAGUCUUCCCAAAUAACAAAGCUCAGAAUGUAUUUCAGACCUACAUAACAACCACUAAUGAAAACAGAUUAUGAAAUUAUAGUGAACCCCAUAAUUGCACAAGAGAAGCCAAUGUCUUAAAUAUUCUAUUGCAUCUGAUGGUCUAAGUAAAAGCAUCCCGGUCACUCUUUGUGCUGAGAUUUACAGGACGUUUACAUUGGCGGGGGAAAGAUGUCAUGCAAUCAUGACAGUGUAUUCAGCCAUGCUGCGCUCCCCGAUAAUGAAGCUGUCUUUUCCUUCUCUGCUUGGCUACUGUAGCUUGUUAAUGUAUUUCGAGUAACUAGACAUCAGAAAAGUGCCGGAUGUGAAUCUGUAUGUGUGUGUGUGUGUGUGUGCAUGUGUGAGAAAGUAUAUGUGUGUGCAUAUUUACACAUGUAUAUAAUAUGUCUGUCCUGUGUCAUUCACUGUGCGAUGGGUAGAGUUGAUGUAUUUUGAGUGUUUUUUUUUUUUUCUGUACAACUGUAAA